UCUCCUUUUGGUUUUUUGAAAUAUUUUUGUUAAACAACAAAUAGUUUCAUUUAAAAAAAAAAAAAAAUCAUCAAAAUGAGGAGGAACUGUAACUUGGAACUUCGUCUUCUUCCUCCUUCUGCAUCUUUCUUAUCUGCAGAUUCAUCGGAGCUGCCUCAGCACCACCAUCGGAACUACUCCAUUAAUAUGAUGGAAGAGUCAAGUGAAAGCCCACCAUCACAUUCACAGCAACAACAGCAACAGCAGCAGCACCAGCAUCAACCGCUUACCAUUUUCUACAAUGGAAAUAUUUGCGUUUGCGAUGUCACAGAGCUCCAGGCAAGAACAAUCCUAUUCUAUGCAAGUAAAGAAGUGGAGGAAAGAUUGAAGACACCGACAGGAAACGACCCGUGCUCACCGAAUGUGCAGUCUCAGAUGAGCAGCCCAACAGCGGGUCUUUCCAUGAAAAGAUCGCUCCAACGCUUUCUUCAGAAGCGUAGGCACCGUGUUCAAGCUACAUCUCCUUACAACCAUCAUUAGCCUUAUUUUAUUUUUAAUUUCAUUUUUUUUUGUUUUUUCGUUUUUUUGUUUUUUGGAUGUUGAUUUAUUGGAGAGAAGAAAAUUGUUCUUUGUAUACAGUAUGUAGGAAUCCUUCUUUAGUAAGCGUGGUGAGAUGUUUUGUGUUUUGUAAAUUAUGUACCGUCCAGGGUAAUUUUAAUUUCUUUUCCUGAACUUUAUUAUACUUCUUUGACUA